AUGAAUGAGACUAAUUGUUCGAUAACAAUAUUUAAUAAAUCACAAGUAAAUCAAUUUCAUCGAUGGAUAGCCUUAUCGUAUGCGGUGUUAUUUAUUAUAUCAUUUACGGCAAAUUUACGUGUGCUAUUUAAAUUAUGUCAUUAUUCUCGACGACGAUUUCGUGAUCAUAUUUUAUUGUUAAAUUUAUGUGCUGCUGAUUUAUUUGUUACAUUUACUUAUAUGCCAAGUGAAAUGUAUACAUAUACAAUUGGAAAAUUUUAUGAUGAUGCUAUAUGUAAAUUACUAGCUGUAUUGAAAGCACUCGGGAUUUAUGUGUCAAGUUGCAUGAUUAUUGGUAUUAGUUUCGAUCGUUAUCUCUCAAUUGUACAUCCGCUUAGUUUUUAUGGAUCAAAUACGCGAAAUAAAAUUAUUGUCAUAUUAUCCUGGGUUAUUAGUAUCAUAGCGAGCACACCUCAAAUUAUUAUAUUUAAACGUUUUACAAAUGAUAUUUUAUGUCGUGAAAUGUGUGGUGAUACAUUAUCAGAUAGUCCUGUAAAAAGAAUUGCUUAUAAUUUGGCUGUAGCAAUUUUUGCUUAUCUCGCACCAUUACUAACAAUAUUAUAUUCUUAUUUUCGAAUACUCUAUGUUUUACAUAAACGUUGUGACAAACGAACAUUUCGAUUUUCUAAUUAUCAACAUCAUCAUUAUCGUGAUCCAGAAAAAAAACCAUCAUUGGUUCAACAAGAUAUUAAUACGGUCAAUAUUAAGACAAUGACACGAGCCAAGUUAAAAACAUUAAAAUUAACAGCACUUAUCGUUAUAACAUUUAUUGUAUGUUGGACACCUUAUUAUUUGGUUGUAUUUUAUUUAUUAAUUACGGAUGUAGAAAUAAACGAAACGGCAUCACUCGCUGAUAUUCAACAACCAUCUAAUGAUGAAGGAUCGUUAUUAAUCGUCAUGAUGUUAGCUGUAUCAAACAGUGUUCUAGAUCCAAUCAUUUAUGGAUGUUUCAUGAUGAAGAAUGUGAAAGCAGGAUGUUUUCGGAAGAGACUGUGCAAUGAAACAACAAUUCGUCGUGUUGAGGAAAAAGAUAGUAAACAAAGUACUAUUCGUGUUACUUAUAAGGGAAUAGCGCUUGAAAAUCCAGGUCACAAAUAUAGUCGUCCAUCGACAAAUGAUCUAUGA